AUGACGAUAAACUCCUCUAAGGUUUUAUUUUUCACUCUGUCUGCCUACUUUGACUCAGGCGUUGUGAAUUACUUGUAUUUUGUUGUUAUAUUGGCUCUGUAUGUUCUGAUCGUUGGCUGCAACGUUCUGCUGAUCGUGGUCAUCUGUGUGAACAAGAGUCUUCAUGAACCCAUGUACAUGUUUCUGUGCAGCCUGUUUGUGAAUGAGCUGUACGGAAGCUCAGGCUUGUUCCCUCUGCUGCUGACUCAGAUUCUGUCCGACCUUCACACGGUUUCUGCUCCGUUUUGUUUCCUGCAGAUUUACUGUGUUUACACGUACGUUCAUAUUGAAUUCUGUAACUUGGUGGUCAUGUCUUACGACAGGUACCUCGCCAUCUGUCACCCUCUGCAGUAUCACUCACUGAUGACGCCUUCAAAGAUCGUGAAGCUCAUCACGCUGACCUGGUUGUUCCCACUUGCUGAAUCAGUUCUUGGCAUCAUGUCCAAUGUUUACACGGAGCUCUGUGGAAACAUCAUUGACAAAGUUUACUGUGAUAGCUUCUCUAUCGUUAAACUGUCCUGCUCGUACGUCCCAACCAGCAAAUACAUGGGAAUAGCCUAUAUGUUUACAGUAAUCCUGGGUAUGAUCGUGUUGAUUCUCUACACUUACAUUAAAAUCCUCAAAGUGAGUUUUUCUGGAUCCAAACAGACCCGUCAGAAAGCUGUCAGUACCUGCACACCUCACCUGGUUUCUGUGAUCAACUUCUCCUUUGGUUUCUUCUUUGAUGUAUUUCAGAGCAGGUUUGACAUGAGCCAUGUUCCCCACAUUUUGAGAGUUAUUUUAUCGUUAUAUUUCCUGACGUGUCAGCCGCUCUUCACCCCUCUGGUUUAUGGACUCAACCUGUCGAAGAUACGAAGCUUCAGUAAACACUUUGUUCGGGGGAAAUUGUGA